CGAACUUGUAAUGGAUGAUAGCAACCGGAGCCGGUUAUUAUGCAGUUUUCAUACAAGUGCAGAAUGAAUUAGCCAGAAAUAUGUUUGUGUCACAAGACAAGAAUGUUAAGAAAAAAUUUCAGAAGCCAAAUAUUUUACGGAGAAAGACAAAGGGGCCAUUGGCACGGCCACCAGCAACUUCCGAAAGUUUAGAAUCUCCUGAUGCUAAAUCUCUAGUCACCACUAGUUUAGAAAAAUCAUUAAACGCACAUGAAGGACAGAGUAGAAUAGCAAAACAAAUAGUUAUUAAACAUAGGGAGAAGCCAAAUCAAUUUAUUAAGAAGUCAACACAGAAAGUGAUCUCAGCUUCUUCAAUUCCGGAGGACAACUCCCUAACUACAGUAGUCAAAACAGAGAAUGUCAGUGACAUAACAUUUACUAUCAUAACAACGCAAGAUAAUAACAAUGAAGGUAACAUUAUCCAGAGUGGCGUCAAUGUGGAUUCAUUCUUAGUAGGAGGAGUUUCAAAACAGAAUGGCAUCAGAUUUGUGAAUAGUAGUGAUAUACAAAUUGAAACCGUAGAUAAAUAUGACAAUACAAAAUGGUGUUUGGAUCUUGUGCAAGACUCACAGACUGUUAUAAAAGAACAUUGUGAUGGAUCUCAAAAUAACAUAUAUUUAGAGCAAAAAUUAGAUAUAGAGCCUACGAUGGUACCUUUGUCUGUAGUUUCUUCUGUGCAGUCAAAUAAUAUAAUAACUCUGCAAGGUGAAGUGGUACCAGUUAUGACUAAUGUGCUUAACAGCACAUUUGAUCUCAAUAAACCUAAAGCCAAGUUUAAGUGUGAAGUUGCCAAUUGUGAUAUGGAAUUCUCGAAUAAGCAAAAGUUGAAAAAGCACCAAAAUAGUCAUAAAGAAGGCAGUACAAGACCACCGAGACAGACCAAUGUUGAAUGCCCAAUCAAGAUAUUCCGAUCCGGUGUAGAGGAGCCAUGUGGACAAAAAUUCACAUCCAGAGAAGAUGUGUUAAAACAUCUCAAUGAGAACCACACUUUGGAACAAGCAAAUUAUGUGUGCGCCGAGUGCGGGCGCCGCUUCUUCUGGGCGUGCGCGCUGCGGGCGCACCGGCAGGCGCACGGGCGGGCGCGGCGCGGCGCGCUGGCGUGCGCGUGGCCCGGCUGCGGCCGCGUCUUCCGCCAGCCCUGCCGCCUGCGCGAGCACACGCGCGCGCACACCGGCGACAAGCCCUACCCCUGCAAUUUCCCUAAUUGCGGCUGGUCUUUCCGCACGGCCAGCAAGCUGGUGCGACACGCGCGCCGGCACACGGGCGAGCGGCGCCACGCGUGCUCCGCCUGCGGCCGCGCCUUCCUGCGCCGCGAGCACCUGCGCGACCACCACGCGCGCCACCAGCCCCGCCUCCAGCACCAGCACCAGCCGCACCAGCCGCACCAGCCGCACCAGCAGGUCCACAGGCGUCACCGCUGCACGCAACACGGAUGUGAACAAAGUUUCAACACCAUGAGCUCCCUUUACACGCAUAUGAAGAAAGUUCACAAAGACGAAACCAGUUCUUUGAAUACCACAACAGAACCCUUGCUGCUAGAGAUGCAACCUGAGAACACGUUUACAGUAAGUUUGAUAAAGAAUGAUACGAUGGAAUAUGAAGGCGUUACUAAUGUGGAAGUGAGCGAGGGGCUGCAUUUAGAAGGUAUACCGGUGUCUACUGAGGGGGACAUGGAGAUGGAGGUGGUGAGGGAGGGCGUGGGCGCGGGGGAGGGAGAGGGUGAGGGCGCGGGCGAGGGCGAAGGGGAGGGGCAGUGCGCGCGCACGCACUGCACGUGGCCGCUGGCGGCGCGCGCGCGCUGUGGCUACCACUGUGGGGACGGAUUCGUGCUAGACGAAGAUGUACAGGUGGAGCAGUCGGAGAGCUGCGAGAACAUCUACACGAUACGAAGCGACCUAUUCCUGCACGGCAACGCGCUCACCAACGACGAUAGCGAGGGUGGAAUGGGCGUGGGCGUGGAAGUGGGCGAGGGCGUGGGCGAGGGCGAGGGCGUGGGCUCCGGCGGCGGCGCCCUGGGCGACGACCUCGGCCUGCUGGACUCGCACCCCACCAUCGAUCUCAUGCAGGAGGAGCUGCUGUAUACAGACGCCGUUGACGAAUCCUCAUUCCGCGUCUUUUUACUCAGCGAAGAGCUCACAUAAUAAAUAAUGCUCAAAGCUAAUUGUUAUUUCUUAUUGUUUUUAAGUAAUAAUUAAUUGUUUACAAUAAAUAUAUUCAACACAAAAUAUUCAUGAAAUAUUUCAUAAUAUAGGUUCGUUUUCAAUACAUCGAAAAGGUUCUUUUCUUACGUGAAUAUGAAAAAUAUAUGAAAUUGAAAACAAAAAAAUAACAACAAAAGCUGAUUCUCUCAGAAUUUUGAGUGAGAGUGAAGGAGACGACAAGUUUUUUGUAUAAAUUAUUACGUAAUGGUUGAUUACAUUUGUAUUAUAUUUUGUGACGCUAAUAUAGGUAAAAAAUUAGCACAAAUUUACUCGGUACACAAGUCUUGUGCAUAAACGAAAUUUAUCAAUCUUUUUGGUGCAAUAAUUUUUUGACGUUUUAGGAACCCUAGGUCUUCGGAAAUUAAAAAAAAAUUAGUUUUUCAUAUACAAGUCACACCAAAUUGUCUUCCACGGGCACACUAAAUUUCUAAUAUUGUUUAGCAAAAUUAUUUUAUUUUUAUGUGUUUAUAAAUAAGUAAUUAUUUUGACAUUAUCAUGUAAAUGUAAAGUGUUAUAAUAGUGGUUUGGAAUAGUUUUUUGUGUAGAUUUGUCGUAUUCGUGCUUUCCUAUACUAAUGUUAUUUGUACUGCGUGUCCAAUUUAUAAUGUUUGUGAUAAUAAAAUAAGGGUCUCAUUGACGGUACAUUCUAACGUUAAAAUCCAGUAUCGUAUUUUCUUAUAUAAUCCUCUAAUCUAGAAAGUAAAGUUUCUUAAACUUAUUAUGGAUGUAAUCUUUUCGAAACUAAAAUAUCAUUUGAUAAACUGAUCUCUAAAAAUGCCUUCAUAUUUUGUAAAACUUAUUGGUAAAGUAGUAUAUUUGUAUGCUUGUGAUACCGUCUUUAUGUGUAUGAAAUUAUAUGUAGUUUUUUUAGUAUAAUUAGUACUGAGUGUUAAUAUUUAGUUUAAAAAAUAAUCAUCACAAAUAUUUGUGCCCGAAAUACCGCGGGAACGCGCUUUCCCCAAGGAGUAAGCGAGAUAGAUGUACUCAGCGUGUAAGACAAAGAAAGAACGUCUUUAUUACGCUAACUUAUUUGCCUAAGUAUUUUUGGCAAACACUAUAUUGAAGACUUAUGACUAUAAAUCGUUUUCAAACGAUUGCUAAGUUUGUUAAAUAUUAAGUUGUUGAUUUGUUGGAGAAAAGUGUGGAAUUAUUGAAUAAAUUUGUGUUUGCAAUAGUUGUAAGUGAUCGUUUAUCAAUAAUGAACCUUUAAAAUGUAAUAAAACGUGUACUUAAGUACGCAAUAUUCAGAUUAUUAAUCCAAUUUAUUCGUACUAGUUUAUAUAACUCAAGCUUAUAUAUUAGUAUAGUGAAAUUAACGUUUUGUAAUUGAUUGCUUAGAUCUAUAGAUACUUUUUCUGAUGCUAUCCUGUCCCGAAUACAGUUAGCUAUUCAAGUUUCAAAAGAAGGAAGUUUUCGUAAUUAUGAAUUUCGAUGUUAAACAAACAAAAAGAUCUAAAACAAUACAGAAUUUGAUAUCUACCACUGAUUUCUUUAGUAAUCGUUGGAUUUCUACCUGUUUCAAAAUGACAGCUUUUACUUCAUUGUCUGAAAAAAGUUUGUUGAAGUUCUUGGUGAAAAUCAAAUAAGCACAGAACACGACAGCUUAAAACCUAUCAUGUGGAUUUUAGUGACUUCAAAUAUACAGUUUUAGUAACGGGAAAAGAGGUCAAUAUUAGUUAUAUUUGAUGCCGUUUGAAGUAAGCGUUAUAUUUCAGGAGUAAAGGAUGUUUCCCGUUGUGCCGAUUGGUUACCGAUCCAACGGUCCAACGGGAAACUGCCGAAGUAAUGUAUCUGGAUACAGGGCCAGGCACCGCCUGUAAAAGACUAACAUUUUACGAUUAGAUUAUAAGAAUAUUGUAUAUAAAAUAUAUUUUUGGAUAUACAACUCUUAUGAUAAGAUUAGCCUUAUUUUUUAGACUGUUGUCCAAAAUGGAAUGUUUUGUUAAAAUUAUUAUUGAAUGUUGGCACUACUUAUUUGCAUCUUUCUCUGCUUUUGGAAACUCGUUUAUAAAUGUUGAAAUUUGUAAUCUCUGUUUUUAAUAUUUUCAUAACGAAUUGUGUUUGAAAUCUUUCUAGCAUUUGCGUUAAUUUUACGAACGAUUAUAAAGGUAUUUAAAGUACUUGUGUUUAAGUUUGCAAAUAAUAAGUGCUGACGUCAUAUCAAAAUUAUAUUAAAACCUAAGCUUUAUUUAAGUUGUUUGUAUACUAAUGUUUUGUUUAUAUAAUUUGGUGAAUGAGGCCAGGUCCGCACAGUACACGCGCUAAGUCACUUAAAACUUUAAUUAAUCACAUAUCAUAUUUAGUUUUGUUAUUGAUUUGUAUUGUACUUGGUUGCUUUCUGUUUAAUUGCAGAUUUCGCUAUAUAGAAAUAAAUGUUUUAGAUGAAAUG